AUGAACGUCACAAUCUCAAUUAUAACUAUCUCUCUUGCCCUAUCCGUGGUUUUAAUAACGCUAAAUUAUUGACUUACACUAAUAAAACCAGACAAUGAAAAACUAUCUCCAUACGAAUGCGGAUUCGACCCAUUAGAAUCUGCUCGAUUACCAUUUUCAAUUCGAUUCUUCCUAGUAGCAAUCUUGUUCCUCCUAUUUGAUUUAGAAAUCGCACUAUUACUUCCACUACCAUGAGCAAUUCAACUCCCACACCCAACCAAAUCUUUCACUUGGGCUUUUAUCAUCUUACUACUACUAACAUUAGGCCUUAUGUACGAAUGAAUUCAAGGAGGCCUAGAGUGGGCAGAGU